CUCGUUUGAGCUUUAGCUUGAAAAGACCGACUUCCGGCCUCCCAACCGCCAUUAAACGGAAAGAAUGAGAAUCUACUUCCGUUGGUGUUUGAGAGCUACUUCCGGUGCAGCUCAACCAAGACCGCGACAAAGCAGCAUGUUUGGAGCAGCAGUGUUGGGUGUGGGCACAGCGGGGCGGGUGAGGAUCAGAGACAUGUUGGCUCCGCUGCAAGGCAGUCCUGCUGAACGACUCACUCUCAAAGGCUUCGUCUCCAGGAGAAGACUGGAGAGCGAACAAGGAGUGUGUCAGCUGUCAGAAGAAGAAGUUGUGAAGAGAGACGACAUCCAUGUUGUCUUCAUCUGCACUGAGAAUGCCUCACACCAAGACUACGUCAGGAAGUUCCUGCAGGCAGGGAAGCACGUGUGUGUGGAAUACCCCAUUACCCUCACCUCCCACGCUGCUGCCCACCUCUGGGACUUGGCUGAGGACAAAGGUGUGGUUCUUCACGAGGAACACAUCGAGCUGAUGUCAGCAGACUUCCAAGCCCUGCAGAAAGAAGUCCAAGGAAAGAUCCUGCUGGAAGGAAGUCUUCAUUUUACAGGUGGCGCUCUGAAGGCCAGUUCUGGGUUCAUGGCCUUCAGUGGCAUCGCUCGCCUCACCUGGUUAGUUCAACUCUUUGGUCAGCUUUCUGUUGCCGCGGCAACCAUGGAGGAGGAGCCUGUGAGGAACUACAGCAAGAUGACGGCCACGCUCCACACUGUGGAUAACAAAGUCUUGACGUGGACCGAGGAACGAGGACCGGGCCUCCCGAGAGCCAAGAAGAUCCACUUUGACUUUGAAGGGGGCUCGCUGACACAGAUCCCCCCGUCGGCCAAAGGAGCAGCGGGUCUCUUCAUGCAGGACCUGGUCUACUUCUCCUCCAAGCUCACAGGCCAGGUGAGUCCAGGUGAAGUCCACGCAGAGAAGAGUCGCAUCUUGCACUGCUUGGUACUGGCAGAGAGAAUACAACACCUGUGCCAGGGAUCUUCUCCUGGUCCCACUCCACAUGGGGAACCUUCAAACUAGUCCUACCCUCCACCUCCUGGUCCCACUCCACAUGGGGAACCUUCAAACUAGUCCUACUACACACCUCCUGGUCCCACUCCACAUGGGGAACCUUCAAACUAGUCCUACUACACACAUCAUAGUACAUCACAUGCAGUACACUAGAAGGAACCAUAUUUAUAUAUAUACACAUACACACACACACACAUAUAUAUAUAUAUAUAUAUAUAUAUAUAUAUAUAUAUAUAUAUAUAUAUAUAUAUAUAUAUAUAUAUAUACUUCUAGAAGUCUAUAUGUAUGUUGUGUAAGAAAGAAUAAUAAGUUAGUAUUUGAAAUAAAAUGGUGCAUGUGGGAAGUAGGAGUCCAGAACAAGUCUUGUGUACAAUGUACUUGAUGAUGUGUAUUUGGAACAUUGUUACUAGAAACAGUUUAUGAAGUGCAGUAUUACAAGUGCAGUAUUGUGGCAGGAAGUACAUGUACUGCAGUUGUCCUGUGGGAGGAAGACUUUGUGUACUUGAAGUACUUUGAU